AUGCGUGUGGCAGUUAGAGUGAAAUCUUUAUUGCGAGGUUAUUCGAGUGUUGGGUGUCCAAAGUCACAGGUACAAGGACAAGAGAAUGGUGUUCGUGUUGGUGUAUACAAUUACCUUUACAUUGCCAAGAACCCCUCGCCGCAUGUGGUGGAUGCCAAACUUGUUCACGCCCACUCCAUCAAAUAUGGGAUUUCCUCACAAGGGUUCGUCGCUAAUGCAAUUGUUGAUCUAUACGCUAAGUGUGGCAACUUGGCCUUUGCUCAAAAGCUGUUUGAUCAGCUGGAAGCCCAUAAUAAGCAUUUGUUGGGUUGGAAUUCCCUCCUUUCCAUGUACUCAAGGCAUGGGUUAUCUGAAAGGGUUUUUCACUGUUUUACUUGUUUGAUACAUUCAGGCCAAUUGCCUAAUGAAUUCACUUUUGCUAUCACUUUGUCUCUUUGUGCCAAACUUAUGAAUAUUGAGUUUGGAAGGUUAGUUCAUUCAUGUGUAAUUAAGACAGGCCUUGAAUCCAGUUCAUUCUGUCAGGGUGCUCUUAUCCAUCUCUAUGCCAAAUGCAACUGUCUCAGUGAUGCAAGGACUAUAUUUGAUGCAGCACCUCACUUGGACACUGUUUCUUGGACGGCUUUGAUUUCUGGUUAUGUGCAAGUUGGUUUGCCGGAGGAGGCACUCCACGUGUUUGACAAAAUGCAGAAUAAAGCUGGUGGUUGUUAUACAGACCAAGUGGCGUUUGUGACUGUCUUGAAUGCUUACAUGACUUUAGGGAAGUUGGAUGAUGCAUGUCAAUUGUUUGAACAGAUACAGAUGCCCGCCCCCAAUGUUGUGGCUUGGAAUGUCAUGAUUUCUGGUCAUGCUAAGAGUGGCCACUAUAAGGACGCUGUUGCCUUCUUUCAUGAAAUGAGGAAGGGUGGUAUAAAAUCCUCAAGAUCCACACUGGGGAGUGUUUUAAGCGCGAUUGCCAGCUUAGGGGCCUUGGAUCAUGGUUUGCUUGUUCAUGCAGAGGCCAUCAAACAAGGUCUCGAUUCCAAUAUAUACGUUGGAAGUUCUCUUAUCAAUAUGUAUGGAAAGUGUGAAAUGCUGGAUGCUGCAAAGCGAGUCUUCGAUGCUAUAUCUCUGAAAAAUAAUGUUGUCUGGAAUGCCAUGCUUGGAGUUUAUGCACAGAAUGGUUAUUUAAAUAAUGUCAUGGAGUUGUUCUCCGGCAUGACAACUCACGGCAUUGAACCGGAUGAAUUUACCUACGCUAGCAUGUUGAGUUCAUGUGCUUGCUUUGAAUACCUAGAAAUCGGUUGCCAGUUGCAUUCAAUUAUUAUCAAGAAAAGAUUUACAAGCAAUUUAUGUGUGAACAAUGCAUUGGUAGAUAUGUAUGCUAAGGCUGGGGCUUUGAAAGAAGCCAGGAAACAGUUUGAGCUCAUGAAAUAUCGGGAUAAUAUUUCCUGGAAUGCCAUUAUGGUUGGAUACGUGCAAGAAGAAGAGGAGACUGAUGCUUUCAAUAUGUUCCAGAGAAUGAAUUUACAUGCCAUAGUACCUGACGAGGUAUCUUUGGCAAGCAUACUUAGUGCUUGUGCAAAUGUUAAGGUACUCGAAACAGGGCUGCAGUUCCAUUGCCUGUCAGUUAAGUUGGGUUUAGAAACAAACCUUUUUGCUGGAAGUUCUCUUAUUGACAUGUAUUCCAAGUGUGGGGCCAUUGAAGAUGCACGUAAGAUUUAUUCUAUCAUGCCUGAGUGGAGUGUGGUCUCCAUGAAUGCUCUGAUUGCAGGAUAUGCUCUGAAAAAUACAAAAGAAGCUAUUAAUUUUCUUCAUGAGAUGCAGCUAUUGGGAUUGAAGCCAUCUGAAAUUACAUAUGCAAGCCUCAUAGAAGCUUGUAAGGGGCCUCCUAAGGUAAUUUUAGGCAUGCAGAUCCAUUGUGCUAUUGUGAAGAGGGGACUCUUAUACGGCAGUGAAUUCUUAGGUACCUCAUUGUUGGGCAUGUAUAUGGAUUCACGAAGGAUUGCUGAUGCAAACAAUCUUUUCUCAGAGUUUUCUAACCUAAAAAGCACUGUACUUUGGACUGCUUUAAUUUCAGGACACACUCAAAAUGAGCGCAGUGAUGAGGCCUUAAACUUGUAUCGAGAAAUGCGUGACAACAAUAUCUUACCUGACCAAGCAACAUUUGUUACUGUUCUUCGAGCUUGUGCUCUCUUAUCCUCACUGCAAGAUGGUAAAGAGAUACAUUCUCUAAUUUUUCAUAUUGGUCUUGACUUAGAUGAGUUAACCAGCAGUGCCCUUGUAGACAUGUAUUCUAAAUGUGGAGAAGUAAAAAGUUCUGUGCAAGUUUUUGAAGAAUUGGCUAUUAAAAAGGACGUGAUUUCGUGGAACUCAAUGAUAGUUGGAUUUGCGAAAAAUGGUUACGCAGAAAGUGCCCUAAAGGUCUUUGAUGAGAUGACUCAAUCAUGUGUUACACCAGAUGAUGUCACAUUCCUUGGAGUGCUUACCGCUUGUAGCCAUGCAGGGUGGGUUGUUGAGGGUCGUCAAAUUUUUGACGUCAUGGUAAACUAUUAUGGCAUUGAGCCCAGAGAAGAUCACUAUGCGUGCAUGGUUGAUCUUCUAGGUCGGUGGGGUUUUCUCAAAGAAGCUGAAGAGUUCAUUGACAAACUAGAUGUUGAACCCAAUGCUAUGAUUUGGGCCAAUUUAUUGGGUGCUUGCAGAAUACAUGGUGAUGAAAAAAGGGGACAGAGGGCAGCUAAGAAACUUAUUAUGCUAGAACCACAAAAUUCUUCCCCAUAUGUACUGCUUUCAAAUAUGUAUGCUGCAUCAGGACUUUGGGAUGAAGCUAGAUAUUUAAGGAGAACAAUGAUACAGAAAGAAAUCCAAAAGAUGCCUGGGUGUAGCUGGAUUGUAGUGGGGCAAAAGACAAACUCAUUUGUUGCUGGAAGAUGGAAUUUCCCUGGUUGGUCAAAUUUAGUUAUUCAAUAUAAUGGGAAGUCAAGUAAUCAACUCAGAUUUGCUUCCUGACAGAAAAGAACCUUACAUAAAUUGCUGAUCAGGGAGGGGGAAAAAGGGAAAAGAGAGGAAAGCUGGGUAGUUAUAUUUUCAAAAAAUUUCUUAGGAUUUCUAU